AAAGCAUCAGCCUUCUGAGGUAACUUGACAAGUUCACACUUAGCAGCAGAGCAAAAACGACAACCACCACCCCCAAAUCAAAAUGGAUCGUUGGAACGACAAAGUUGCCCUCGUCACCGGAGCUAGCACUGGCAUUGGCAGGGUCAUCGUCGAGGAAUUGGUCCGCAAGGGCAUGAAAGUGGUGGCCCUUGCUCGUCGCAUCGACAAAAUCAAGGUCUACGCUGACGAGAUCAAGAACUUGACAGGAAAGCUCUACCCGCUCCAAUGCGACCUGACCAAGAAGGACCAAGUGAUGCAGUCGAUGCAAUGGAUAGAAAAGAACGUUGGUAUAAUUGACGUUCUCAUUAACAACGCCGGUAUCGAUUGUCACAUGUCAUUCAUGGAGAGCGGAAUAGACGACUGGCAGAAGACGUUCGACGUUAAUGUUCUGGGACUUGUUGCGAUCACGAAAGAAUUUUUGAUGAUGAAGAAGAAGCACGGAACAAUGGACUUUGGCUACAUCUUCAACAUCAACGACUUCCGAUGCUUCAGCCGCUACAUGGGCAGGGACCACAAGAUGUCCCCUGCAUACAUGGCCAGCAAGUGGGCUCUCAGGGAAAUCACGAGCAUUCUUCGUGUAGAGCUUUGUGAACUUCAAUCCAAAAUCAAAGUUGUCAACAUCGCCCCUGGAUUGGUACGUACCGAGAUGACUAUGCGGGACAUGAAGGGCCACAUCGCUCUCGAACCACGUGACAUAGCAGACUCAAUUCUCACCGUGAUGUGUGGCCGUGACACGGUACUCAUCCGUGACAUGACCAUCGUCUCCCCACAUGAACUCUACUGAGCGUCCAAAGGAUGCACCGAACAAAUCACAGGACUAACAUUGCGAUAAGCUGUCUACGGUAGAAACAACGAUAACUAGAAAGAGAGCUAAUAUCAAGUGUAUUUCAUAGUGUGGAAUUGUAUCGCCAUUUUUUCAAAAAACGAAACAAUAAAGUCUGUGAGCUUGGCAUUAAA